CUAUAACCUUAUGUGACCAUCAGCAGGCUGGCACACUCUGUCAGAUGACUUAUAACCCCUCUAAUUGCUGGGAUGAAUAAUACUACAACUGUCAUUCGGGAUCCACUCUACGUAGCAAUCAUCAAAAAUGUGAUCACUGUUCUCCUCUCCCUUGCAAUCAUCUACAUUAAUGGCACUCUGGUUCACACAUUUAGAAAAAAUCAGGUUUUCAACACAAACUCCCGUUACAUCCUUUAUAUCCACCUGGUAAUCAACGAUAUCAUCAUGCUGGCAUUGAUGAUCCUCCUCCAAGUCCUGAGUUACAUAUUGUUCACACUCAAUGUCUCAUUCUGUAUCAUUAUGCUAAUGAUUGCCAUAUCUUCCAACCUAAACAACCCCUUAACGCUUGCGGCCAUGGCUUUAGAGUGUUACCUGGCCAUAUGCUUCCCUCUGCGCCACCCCCAGAUCUGUACGGUCAGGAAAACCUACAUUGUGAUUGCUGUGAUAUGGUUUCUAAGUUUACUGACAAUACUACCAGAUGUGUUCAUAGUGAUGGCUACAAGACCUGCAGAGUACUUUCAUUCCAGGAUUUUCUGCUUGUGGGCAAACAUUUUCACAAACCCGAUCCUUGCAGAAAAGAGAGAUGUGUCCAACAUUGUGUUUCUAGUCAUUGUUUGGCUCAUUCUCUUCUAUACAUACUUCAGAAUUCUUUUCACUGCACAGGCUGCUUCAGCAAAUGCAAAGAAAGCGAGGAACACCGUCCUACUCCAUGGCUUCCAGCUGUUGCUGUGUAUGCUAAGCUAUGUUCAUAGUAUAACAAUAGUGGGCCUUUCAAGUUUGUUUCCGAAUGAUAUUCUGACCAUUCGAUAUGUAAUUUCAAUACUGAUUCAGGUUAUGCCACGUCUCAUCAGUCCGAUGGUUUAUGGUAUAAGGGACAAGAUGUUCAGAGAGUACUUGAAACGAUAUCUGUUGCUCACCAAUACAAAUGUUAAUCCAGAAAAGAUUUAAAUAAGACCAACACAAUGUUGUAUCACUUCAAGAACAUUUUGCAAGACCCAGCAAUUUUUUUUGUGUUAGGUUCUUUAUUUUGCUGUUUUCUACUACCCUUCAACAAAAGGGUAAAACUUGGCUAUGUCAGUAAAAGUAUAUCCCAGUGGGAAGGUAGUACUUUUGAUAUUACUCAGAGGGAAGGAGCUGAAUAUUUUGAUUUGGUACAACUUUCUCAUUAUGAUAAUUCAGUCAUCUCUGUAUUAAAGUUUUGUUUCAUAGUGUACUUGAUGUGAAAAUGAGGGACGUUAUGACUGAUCUAUUUCACAAAUCAGGGAAGCCUGGAGUAUACAUGUAGAAAUGUGAGUUCAUUCAAAAUUACAGCCAUACGGAAAGUUUGAAGUGACUUUACAUAAGUUAUAGAGUGAAACUGGUUUGAGAGAUGGCAGGUUGAAAUUAGUUUCUGUAACAAGCUUCAAAUAACUCGUUGAUGCAAACUGUUUGUUCAGAGUAGACAAGAGAGCCCAGGUUGGAAAUAAAACCUGGUGUUCUCCAGCCAUAGCUUUUGAUUAUUUCAAACUAGUUAAACUUUGUAUUAGAAUUUAAAUUAAUUUCCAGUCAGCAGAAGCUUGUAACAUUGACAAAUUUGUUAUAGUGAACAAUUUGUUGUCCCAAAUGAAUCUUAGUCACCCAAACAUUCAACAGCUCUUGCUUGGCUUUCUUUACUUCUUUAACAUUUUGGUGAAUGAAAGGCAGUUCUGAGGGGGGUGGUCGUUUCAUUUUGUAUCUUGAACCAUAAAACAUUGACAUUUAACUAGUUUAGAUAUCUUCCCCUGGAACCUUAUUUGGUGUUGAGUCCUUGAUUAUAAAUUAUGGGUGUUAAAGAACAGUCCAAGAAAAUUAAAAGAUUAUUAUAAUUGAAGUACACAGAUAAAAAGAGAGAUUAAAGGAGCAAUAAGUGCAAUGUCAACACUAGGUGUGGCUUGAGUCUGUAGACCCAAACAACAUGUUUGACAAGUCACACCUCUCUCUACCCCCACUCCAGCUGGCGCAAAGGAUAAAUACACAGCAAAACAGCAUCACCUUUCAGAGGAACAUGUCUAGUGAAGAAGUAACUAACUUAUAAUUUUAUAAUGCUGUUAGCAAGAGAAUGUUUCAACCCACUGGGCAUUCUCUCAACCAUUUUGUGCCUACGCAACACAGCUUUGAUGGUGGCAUUUUAUUGGCAGGGAGGGGCUGAGCCCUGAGUGGCAGCUAUUCACAUGGAUUUACAUGCGUGCUCGUGUGUAUUUCUUAGUGUUCCCAUUUAGUGCCAUUACUUUCUCAUUUAUUUACUCUGUAUUAUUAGAUAGGCUCUGUUAGUUUCCCCCCCCCCCCUUGUGUUUCUCCCCGUCUGCCCCAUAAUUUUUUCUCCCUCAGCCAAGCAACCAGGUAAUUAGCAAAUCCCAUUCACAUGUGUCUCCUUAUAUAGCGUAUAGCCUGCACCUGUUCUCAGCUCCGUUUAAGCUGUCAGUUUGUUUUUAUUUGUUACUGGGUUCUUUUGUUGGCUACCAUUCUCCAUGCCUUGUUUGCUUCAUCCUGGUUCUGGGUGCUGAUUGUCAUUCUCAUUAAAGCUUUCAAGUUUAUCAUGCUGCUACCAAACUGUUGUCUACAUCUUGGUCCUAAACAAAAAAAUUAUGAA